AUAGUUUCUGAGACACCAUGAGGAAGGUUCCUCCCUGUACGUUGAAGAAAUUGAAAAAAAAUUCAAGGAAGUGGCCAGGGUGGUAAUUUAAAGUGACAGUUUUUCUCCAUUCAUAAAAGCUGUGCGUAUACCUGUAGCGAUGGGGAAUAUGACUCAGUCACAAAGAUAGUGUGUUCCCAGUAUUGGCAGGAGAGGAUGUUGCUCUUUGUUGGUGCAACGAACAAGGACACACAAAGAGUCCCAGUGACCCAAGACCAGGCCAGUUGCUGGGUACUCAGAAGACGAGGAAAAAUAUGUGCACCAUCUGCACCACUGACUUUGCAAGAUAGCAAAGAAAAAAAGUAACACAUUGAAGCUUGGACGAUACAUUUCAAGAACUCAACACACAAAAUACUAGUCCUAACCUUGUGGAGAAAAGAUGAACUUCUUCUCAACCCUUGUGACAUUUGAAAACCUCCAUGAGGUUCGGAGAUUGUGCCACUGGGGUCCAGUCAUAGCACUGUCUGUCAUUGCUAUAUGCUCUACCAUGGCUAUUCUGGACUCCAUCAUCUGGUAUUGGCCACUAGACACUACAGGAGGCAGCAUUAACUUCAUCAUGCUCAUCAACUGGACUGUUCUCAUCCUUUACAACUACUUCAACGCUAUGUUUGUUGGACCUGGAUACAUCCCUCUUGGUUGGACACCAGAGAAUGAACAGGACACCCAGUAUCUACAGUACUGCAGAGUGUGCCAAGGGUACAAGGCCCCCAGAUCUCACCACUGUCGCAAGUGUAACAGGUGCGUCAUGAAGAUGGACCACCACUGCCCUUGGAUCAACAACUGCUGUGGGCACCUAAACCAUGCCUACUUCACCAGCUUCCUGCUGCUGGCUCCACUGGGCUGCUCACAUGCUGCCAUCAUCUUCAUUAUGACCAUGUACACACAGCUGUAUGAGAGGAUAUCAUUUGGCUGGAGCACUGUAAAGAUUGACAUGAGUGCUGUGCGUCAGUUCCAGCCCCUCAUGCCCUUCAGUGUGCUUGCCUUUGCUGCCACACUCUUUGCCUUAGGUUUGGCACUGGGCACUACUAUUGCCGUUGGCAUGCUUUUCUUCAUACAGAUGAAAGUCAUUAUUCGAAACAAAACCUCAAUCGAGUCCUGGAUCGAGGAAAAGGCCAAAGAUAGAAUACAGCACUACCAAACAGGGGAGGAAUUCAUCUUCCCAUACGACCUCGGAAGCCGCUGGCUGAACUUCAAGCAAGUCUUCACGUGGUCAGGGAUGCCCAAGGGUGAUGGCCUUGAAUGGCCGGUACAUCCCAAGUGUCACCAGCACACCUUAACUAUUGAGCAACUGAAGCAGAAAGCUGACAAACGAGUGAGAAGUCAGGUCCAGUACCGUGCAGUGGAGGACUAUAAUGGAGCUUGCUGCCCUCUAAGCAAAGGUCUCCAGACCUUUUUUAGAACCCCCUGCACCGAGGAGCCCAGGAUCCCCCUCGACAAGGGGGACACCAUCCUGGCCACUCGUGGCACCAAAUGGUGGAUGUAUGGAGACAAGGUUUUGAGCGAGGACCAGAUGAGAGCGGGAGAGCGUGUCAGGGGAUGGUUUCCAAGGCGAUGCGUGGAGAAGUGCCAUUAUGACACAGCUGCCACUGAUAGCACCAGCGAUAAGAAACUAAAUUAAUAUAUUGGAACAGGCUUUAUGUAGAGCAGGGGAGUUAAACUGAACAAAAUGUGUGUGUCCUUGUUCAGAAACAUACACCCACUGAAGAUGUCAUACCCAAUACUGCAGGCUCACCGUGGAGAAUUUCAUACUUUGAUUAAAGAUUUCUCACAUUUCAAAACCAACAAGCCAACAAAGGCAACAUUGUUCUGUAAAUCGUACUGAGCAGCUUGCUGUCAAAAAUGUCUUGAAGAGGACACAGAAUUCAUGAGAGGGACUGUUCCUUUGAGUUCAGUUUGACUCCCUCUGACCAAUAGUGAAAUCCAGCAAGAGUCUUAAUUUCUGAGAAUUGCCUACUGGCUGUAACGUGACUGCAUUGUGAUUUACAUGACUUUUUACUUGAAUAUGUUGUUUUUACUUGUGUUGAUGUCCCUUUUGCUAAUUAUGCAAUGCCUCUGCCCAGUCAACCCCAGGGCUUCGUCAUGCAACUCUUUCUACAGUAUGGAGAUAACACUUAAUUUCUUUUUAUUAUUUUUGUAAAAACAAAUUGUUGGCCUCAAAGUAUAAAUUGAACAUUAAAAAAAAAUAUUCUGCGAGA